AUGAACCCUCCUUCAGGGCCAAGAGCCCCACUCGGCCCGGUGCAGGAAUUCAGCUGCCUGGCCACCCCAGCCUCCUCCAGCAGGUGGGAUAGCUCCCGGAGCAGCGCCUCCAGCCUGAGCCACCCUCCGUCCGUCAGCCCCACGGCAGUCAGGGCUCAGGCUGCUGCCUGGGUCCCCUUCCCCACGGUUGAUGUUCCAGACCACGCCCACUACACCCUGGGCACGGUGAUCCUCCUGGUGGGACUCACGGGGAUGCUGGGAAAUCUGACAGUCAUCUAUACCUUCUGCAGGUGCCCGGUUGGCAGGCAUCUGACCCCUCCCAGGAGCAGAGGCCUCAGGACUCCUGCCAACAUGUUCAUUAUCAACCUCGCGGUCAGCGACUUCCUCAUGUCCUUCACUCAGGCCCCCGUCUUCUUCGCCAGCAGCCUCUAUAAGCAGUGGCUCUUUGGAGAAGCAGGCUGUGAAUUCUAUGCCUUCUGUGGGGCUCUCUUUGGCAUCACCUCCAUGAUUACCCUGACGGCCAUCGCCCUGGACCGCUACCUGGUGAUCACACGCCCACUGGCCACUGUCGGGAUGGUGUCCAAGAGGCGGGCGGCGCUUGUCCUGCUGGGCGUCUGGCUCUAUGCCCUGGCUUGGAGUCUGCCGCCCUUUUUUGGCUGGAGUGCCUACGUACCCGAAGGUCUGCUGACCUCUUGCUCCUGGGACUACGUGAGCUUCACGCCAUCGGUCCGCGCCUACACCAUGCUGCUCUUCUGUUUUGUGUUCUUCCUCCCCUUGCUUGUCAUCAUUUACUGCUACAUCUUCAUCUUCAAGGCCAUCCGAGAGACAGGCCAAGCUCUCCAGACUUUCGGGGCCUGCGAGGGUGGCAGUGAGUGUCCCCGGCAGCGGCAGCGGCUACAGAAUGAGUGGAAAAUGGCCAAGAUCGAGUUGCUGGUCAUCCUUCUCUUUGUGCUCUCCUGGGCCCCCUACUCCACAGUCGCCCUGAUGGGUUUUGCUGGGUACGCACAUAUCCUGACGCCCUACAUGAACUCGGUGCCAGCUGUUAUUGCCAAGGCCUCUGCCAUCUACAACCCCAUCAUUUACGCCAUCACCCACCCCAAAUACAGACUGGCCAUCGCCCAGCACCUGCCCUGCCUGGGAGUGCUGCUGGGCGUGUCGGGCCAGCGCACUGGCCUGUACACCAGCUACCGCUCCACCCACCGCUCUACGCUGAGCAGCCAGGCCUCGGACCUCAGCUGGAUCUCCGGACGGAGGCGCCAGGCAUCCCUGGGCUCUGAGAGCGAGGUGGGCUGGACGGACACAGAAGCAACAGCUGCUUGGGGGGCUGGCCAGCAAGCGAGCGGUUGGUCCCCCUGCAGUCAGGGCCUGGAGGAUGUGGAAGCCAAGGCCCUUCCCAGGCCCCAGGGAAGGGACCCAGAGGCUCCUGGGAAGGCCAAGGGGCUGCUCCCCAACCUGGACCCCAGGAUGUAG